UGUAGGCGAGCGAUGGGCGGAGCUUGUUGAGAGGAGUCGCGACAGAACGGGGAUCGGCAGAAGGGAUGAAGGGAACCGACCGAUUUUUUUUCCUUUCUGAAUUGAGUACUGGGCGUGGGAAUAUGUAUAUUUUUUUCCUAUUUAAUUAUUUCUAUUUAGAGGAGUUUAAAUUUUAACUCCACUUUGAAGAUAUAACAUAUGUUUUACUCCUAUUUGUGGGUUUUCUAUAUUUUUUAACAUUUGGAUGGUGCAUUUUAUACAAAAAUUUAAGGGUGGUGCCUUAAUAAAAAAAAAUUGAGGGACAUGUGCUCUAAGUUUUCUGAGUCCACGGCUCAAGAUCUCCACACUUCCGGCAAAUAGCACCACCGCCACCAGCCCUAGAUUAUUCUACAUUUUAAACUUUAGACUUGAAAAGCCUCUGCACGGAGAGAGAAUGGCAUCUCCGGGAGAGUGGCUGGAGAAGGAGCUUUUUGAAUUAUGCAAUAGAGUUGAAUCAGGAUUGGUUUUAGAUAACGAAGUCAUAUCGGGGCUUGUAUCCUACUGCGAGCUUGCUUCGCCUCUUGAUGCAAAAGAAUAUCUUGAUAAUAUCAUUGGACAAGAGUCUGGAAAAAGUAUAAUUGAGGAGUACAUGAAGAGGAGAGGUCAUUCAAACAUGCACCAUACAACUCAAGAUGCUUCUAGUUCCCAAUUGCAUGUAUAUAUAAAACCACCCUCUAAUCCUAGUUCUACCCUUGGAGCUAAGAAGCCUAUGAAAGUGCGAAAAAACGAUAAGGCCCUUGUUAAGCAGGAAAUUGCAACCAAAGCCGAGGCCUCAAUCUCUCAAAACAAUGAAAGACAUGGUCAGAACAACUCCAAAAAGAAGAAGUCUGGCAAGGCACUUUCUCUUGCCGAGGCUGCGAAGGGAUCCAUUGUGUUUCAACAAGGGAAGCCAUGUUCAUGCCAAGCCCGUAAGCACAGGCUUGUUAGCAAUUGUUUGUCAUGUGGGAAGAUAGUAUGUGAACAGGAAGGCGAGGGCCCUUGCAGUUUUUGUGGUUCUCUCGUCCUUAAAGAAGGUAGCUCCUAUGCUGGUUUGGAUGGUGUGGUCGCAAUCUCAGAUGCCGAGUCUGCAGCUGAAGCCUUUGCAAAAAGGCUUGUUGAUUACGACCGCAACUCUGCAGCUCGUACAAUGGUACUAGAUGACCAAAGUGAUUAUUAUGAGAUUGAAGGCAAUAACUGGUUGUCAAUGGAGGAAAAGGAACUCUUGAGUAAGAAGAAAGAGGAUAUUGAGGAGGCUGAACGUGCUAAACGUAAUAAAGUUGUAGUGACCUUUGACCUGGUUGGUCGCAAGGUUCUGUUGAAUCAAGAUGAAGUUUCUCAUGAAUUGCAUAGUGGCAUUCUAACCCGGCCAUAUGAGGAGAAGGAAGUAGAAGCUGCUCGCAUUAAGCCAAACCUAAAUCACAAGAUACAACCAGUAUUCAUUGAUCCUGGCCCCAGGAGGACUCCCAAAGAGGAAAUGAACAAAGGUUUAAAGAAUGGCUUGUGCUUGGAGGUUACAGGAAGAGUACAACAUGAUACCAACAAACCGGCCCCACAAGUAAUGAAUGAAAAUCAUCAAGAAAGUUCUUCAAGUGCGACCAAGCCAUGGCAUGAACCCUCAGUUGCAAGAAGUCCCCAUAUUCCAGAUAAUAAUGAAUGCUCUCUAGAUUACUUUUGACACAAAGGUAUGAUAUAUCUUCAGAAUAUACAAAGUUUACCUGCCAAUACAUAUAUUAAAUGUUCAUCUUAUUGUGAUCCAGAGCGUGAUGCUUUUAUCUCCCAAAAAAGAGCUUAUGGUUUGAUGAAGUAUGUAAAUUAGGCUUUUUUCCCUUUAGUAGGGAUACUAAUGGUUUGAUUAAACACUAGCCAUUGCG